UGCACGCGCCGGCCAGGGAGAGACGUAAACACUCGCGUGUCAGCUUAUCAAUAUUGCUUAUUGACAUGGAUGAUGAAGAAGAAACGUACAGACUGUGGAAAAUUCGAAAAACGAUCAUGCAGCUCUGCCAUGACCGGGGCUACUUGGUGACACAAGACGAACUGGAUCAGACCUUGGACGAGUUCAGAAGUCAAUUUGGAGACAAACCGAGCGAGGGUCGCCCACGGCGAACUGACCUCACCAUCCUAGUUGCCCACAAUGAUGAUCCCACUGACCAGAUGUUUGUUUUCUUCCCUGAGGAGCCCAAAGUUGGAAUUAAGACCAUCAAGAUGUACUGCCAGAGAAUGCAAGAAGAAAACAUCACCCGAGCCAUUAUUGUUGUUCAGAUGGGUAUGACGCCUUCAGCUAAGCAGUCUCUAGUCGACAUGGCGCCCAAAUACAUACUUGAACAGUUUCUUCAACAGGAGCUUCUAAUUAAUAUCACUGAACACGAGCUUGUACCUGAGCACAUAGUGAUGACUAAAGAGGAAGUUUCAGAGCUGCUGGCACGAUAUAAACUAAAGGAAAGCCAACUGCCCAGAAUCCAAGCUGGGGAUCCUGUGGCUCGCUAUUUUGGCCUGAAAAGAGGCCAGGUAAGGAGACCUGACAGGUUGUCAAGAUUAUUCGACCAAGUGAAACUGCGGGGCGAUAUAUCACAUACAGACUGGUUCAAUGAAACUAUUUUUAUCUAAAUGAAUAAGCCAGUGAGCAUUAACUGAGUUAGUAUUCAGGUUUUAAAGAUGAAUUUCACUGAUUUUUCAAACAUUUUGCAUAAUUUAAUGGUUAACAAAGUCAUUCAGAGCGGUUCAGUGUGAAAUUCUCUGUUCUAGAGAAACGUACAGAGUCAGAAUUGUUCACAGUGGUGGUGAUAGGAACCAGACAUCUGAAGAGUUUAACACCUCUAAAAGCUCCCUCACAGAAAGUUAUUACAUGAAGUUGUUAUAUAUACAUUGUCUGAUGUCUGACAUAUUGUUGUGUGAUAGUUUUGAGAUGUGAUUUUGGCCUAAAACAUAUAUUUUUUUAAAAUACGUUCAUAUCAGUCGGGCACAUACAGGUGAAACAUUCCUUACCGUCCUCAACAUUACAAAUAAAACAUGUAGGUUCACUGGUCAUUUUAGAUAGUAAAUUAAAUGGCUGUGAGUCUGUAAAUUUCACUCGGCUGUAUGAUUUCACAUCAGACCACUCUGAUUGCCUUUUUUUACAUCAUUGAAUUAUGCAGAAAUUUUGAAAAAUUGGUGGAAUUCCCCUUUAAGGAAUAGUUUGGUGAAAAAUCAAAUUUGCAAAGUAUUCCUUUCCCUCCAAACAGUCAGUUGGCCAAGACAUAUUUGGUGUCUGAAGUUUGCUUCUUUAGUUUUGCAUGGGAGCUACAAGGCUAAUGUAGUUUGCAUAAUGGAAGCUUAUAGUUUUUCAAUCAGCACUGUGCAACCUACAUGCCUAAAUCAUCGCACUCUUGCCUCAAACCAUGUCGAUUUGUUAAUUCAUCUCAAAUAGACGUGCAUAUGUGGCUUCUCUAAUACUUUCACUAUUAAAAUGUUUUAUAUAAUGUAUUAAAAAUCAUGUAAAUAUAUUUACAUUUUCUAAAACAAUCCAUGACCAUAUAAGCACAUCACCAAUAAAUACAGUAGAACUGUGGAGUUCAAACAACAAGUGAACUUCAAAACCCAGGGCUUUUUGUCAUCCAUGUGACAGACAUUGUCUGUUUUGGGAAAACACUCAUUAAAAACCGUGUUUCUGCCUUUUACUGUUAAUAAUCUUAUCACUGAUAUAAUAUCAAACAUAACUACAUCUUAAACCUCACCUCUAAAUCUUUGUCAGCCUGUGUUUUGAACUAAAAUAGCAGGGGGCGAUCUGACCACUUUCCUUCUAUAUAGAACUAUACAGAAGUCAUGUCGUGCCCAUAUUAGGAGCUCCAGGUCUAAACUGGUUUCAUAUCAAUGCACAGGAGUGUUGGUGUGCUAUUAGCAUGGAUGUAGUAUUCUUUGUAUUUUGACCUCUUAAUGACCUUGUAAUUCAGAAGAUCCAGUGAUAAUCAGGUUGAAAAUGUGCACAGGGCAAAACAUACCAGCUUUGGAACAUUUUUGUGUACUAUAGUGCGGCGAAAAAACAAAUGUAAUUUUUUCCCCAUAGAGAAAACUGCUUAGAUCCUGUGUCCUUGAUAUGGGCGUGACAUUGACCACAGAAUAAUGCAUGUUCUGCUGAUUGACUACAUUUGGGGUGAAAGGGGAAACUGUGUAAAGUUGAUUCUUCACUGAACUACAGUGUAACUGUUUACGUCCUAGCACUUUAAACCGAAUUGACUGCACAUUGUUUGUGUGAUUCAACUUAAGGUAUUUACCAAAGUUUGUUAGAGUAAGGAAAACAAUGUGCACUGUGUGGAGUCCUACUGACUGACACUGAGAGCCACUUUUAGAGACAAUGCAUUUCAGCCUAAUACUAAACAACAGUAAUAAUGCAAUAAGAACUCCUUAACCUGUCAUAGUUAAAUCCUUGGUUCUGGAUUCUGCCUGCACUGCACAUGUAGUUCUGGAUCAAGUACACUUGAUUCAACCCUUUAAUCUAACUAGCAAGCCAUAGAUCACCAAGGGGGUCAGUUUCUUGGGCAGAGAUUCAGCCUAUUUUUAGACUAAAUUUUCUUUUCAAUGGAGACUCUCCGUUCAGAAUGCCGUGCAGUUUUGUACAUUUCAGGGAAAUCCUGGGCCAAUGUUAAGAAACGCUGGUCUAGGUUAGUCAGAGUGGGGCAGUUAGCAUGUUAGCAUGCUCCUCCUAGCUUACUGGCUGCAACUGUUAUUAUUGGGAUAGAAAUGGGAUAAAAGCACAAUGUAUUCAUAACUAUUUGCAUGCAAAAAAGGGGAAAAUAUGAUUAAUUUGGCCUUGCAUAACUUUGAACAUAAUGCAGCUAUGGUUAGGCAAUAUGACAAGAUUUUAUCAUUAUCAUGAUAAAUUAUGUUACAGUAUUCUCUUCUGAGCAUAGCGUGGAUAUCGUCAGUACUUAAAGAACACUAACUACAUUUCGUUACAAACCGAGCAUAAUUAGGCCUGUUUAAUUGGAUUCAGUGCAACACGGUUUGUAAAAACAUUGAAUAAAAAUCAUCGAUCUACUCUAAACUUAAUAUUGUGAUACUUUGUGUAUCGUAAAAUGUCUCGAAGUAUUGUGAUAUAUUUUUGCCAUAUCACCCCUGAAUGCAGUGCGUAUUUUCUUUCUUCCAUGUAUGAUUUCAUUGACUUUACUGCCUGUCUACAGUCUUUCUGAAGGCUGAAGUUACAGGCUGACCAUUUCUGUACCUGCCGCCACAUGAAUCAUUUAUCUUGUAGAACUGUUCAUUCGUUUUUUCCUUUUUCCUACAGCAAAUAUUUAUUAAGCCAUUGAUAACAGUGUUAAUAAAGUCUUAUUUAUUGAAGGAGCUAUGCUGUCAUGUCCUGUAAGUCAGGGAACAGAAGCCACUAACCUUUUUUUUCCUCCAGAAAGCCAUCAGGUUGCCUACGUCAGUAGCCGCUGCACAGUUAAACCAUCCACACAGUGUGCUCAUUUUAAGUGAACCCAGCCUUGCACUUCACUGAAUACGGUUUGGUAAGUGCAUGUUCCCUUUGUGGCUCAAUUUGCAUGGGUUACAACUCCUCCCUCUUCACCAUCCAGAAAUAUACUCCACUGUUAAAGCAGGAGUUAAACAGAGGUGAGAGUAACAGUUCCCUAAGCGUGUUUACAUCUAAUGUGAACGUUAUAGGCCCACAUCAGAGUCAGCUUUU